AAACGGAUAAUUGAAAAAAACAAGAACGUAGAAAUCACUCAAAAACAAGAACCACGAACCAGCUGUCAGCUGAGACAAACAAAAAUCCCAGAUUAAUCAAACUCGACCCACCAAUCCAUCUUCGAUCGCCACAUACCCGCCUUUCCCCCACCGGCGACAACGAUGAAUCGGGCCAUCUUAAUCCCAUUCCUCUUCUCCUCCCUUCUCGCCGGCGUCGCCCUCGCCAAACCCAGCAUCUCCGUCACUCCGACCCUCCUCAAUCGCUCCGGCGACGUCGUCACCGUCUUCUGGUCCAAUGUCGACUCCCCUUCCAAUCUCGAUUGGGUCGGAAUAUACUCCCCGCCCGACUCCCGCCCCGACCACUUCAUCGGCUACAAGUUCCUCUCUUCCUCGCCCGGUUGGGAAUCCGGGUCGGGUUCCCUCUCCAUACCCAUCACAAACCUCCGAUCCAACUACUCCUUCCGGAUCUUCCGCUGGACGGAGGACGAGAUCAACGUCAAGCGCCAGGACCACGACCAGAACCCGCUUCCGGGCACGAAGCAUCUGCUGGCGGAGUCCGAAAAGGUAGUCGGGUUCGGGUCAAGGAAGGGGCCGGAGCAGAUCCACUUGGCUUUUACCGACGCUGUGGAUGAGAUGAGGGUGAUGUUUGUCGUCGGAGACGGAGAGGCGAGGAAGGUCAGGUGGGGGGAAGAGGACGGUCAGUGGAGUCACGACGCGGCGGCGCGUGUGGCCAGGUACGAGCGAGAGGAUAUGUGUGAUUCGCCUGCGAAUAGCUCCGUUGGGUGGAGAGAUCCUGGGUGGAUUUAUGAUGGGGUUAUGAAGAAUUUGAAGAAGGGUUUCAGAUACUACUAUCAGGUUGGGAGUGACUCAAAGGGCUGGAGUGCAACUCAAACCUUUGUGUCAAGGGACGAAGAUGCAAACGAGACAAUAGCUUUCCUGUUUGGAGACAUGGGAACUUCUGCACCAUAUGCAACAUUCAUCCGUACACAAUCCGAAUCCAUAUCAACGGUAAACUGGAUCCUCCGCGACAUGGAAUCUCUAGGUGACAAGCCUGCUUUCGUCUCUCACAUUGGCGAUAUAAGCUAUGCAAGGGGCUACUCCUGGAUAUGGGACCAUUUCUUCACUCAGAUUGAACCCAUUGCAUCAAAAUUGGCCUACCAUGUUUGCAUUGGCAAUCACGAGUAUGAUUGGCCAGCACAGCCGUGGAAGCCGGAUUGGGCCUCUGGAACCUAUGGAACUGAUGGAGGUGGUGAAUGUGGUGUUCCUUACAGCUUGAAAUUCAACAUGCCAGGAAACUCUUCAGAGCCAACUGGAAUGCGAGCACCACCAACUCGAAACCUUUACUACUCUUUCGAUUUGGGGACCAUUCAUUUUGUUUACAUAUCAACCGAAACAAACUUCCUUCGAGGGAGUCAGCAGUACAAGUUCAUAAAAAAGGAUCUCGAAUCAGUCAACCGGACCAAGACCCCUUUCGUUGUUUUCCAAGGGCACAGGCCGAUGUACACUACGAGCAAUGAGGUUAGAGAUGCACCGAUGAGGCAGAAAUUGCAAGAGCAUUUGGAACCACUACUCGUGAGCAACAACGUGACCAUGGCUUUGUGGGGUCAUGUACAUAGGUAUGAGAGGUUUUGUCCGAUGAAUAACUUCACAUGUGGGGAGAAGGGGCUUCCGGUUCAUGUAGUGAUUGGGAUGGCUGGUCAAGAUUGGCAACCGACUUGGGAACCUAGACCGGAGCACCCUGAUAUGCCAGUUUUCCCUCAACCAGAGAGAUCGCUGUAUAGAGGAGGAGAGUUUGGGUAUACGCGACUGUUUGCUACAAGGGAGAAGCUCACGUUGUAUUAUGUUGGGAACCAUGACGGGCAAGUGCAUGAUACAGUGGAGAUUCUUGCGUCGGGUGAAGUCAUAAGUGGGAAUGAUGGUCAGAGCGAUGCCAUGAAAGACCUGGUUGGCAUGGGAAGCAAAGCUCCUGCAGCAGGAGCAGGAGAAUUUACGGUGUCAAAGUAUGUGAAGGGGGCAAGCAUCCUUGUCCUGGGGGCUUUCAUUGGCUACAUUGUAGGGUUCAUUUCGCAUGCCAGGAAGCAGAAUCCUCCAAAAGCCGAGUGGACUCCUGUGAAAAGCGAGGAGACGUGAUAGUACUAUAUAAUGAUAUCUUUCGCGCAAUGCUGGAAUCCUGUUGCCAUGAAUGUGAGUCCAUCUAUUGCAUGCUAUCCAAAGGGUUUUGGUGCACUACUGUUGUUACUCUCCUGCAACUCUAUUUUAGAUCUGUAAAUAGUCGUCCUCCACUGUAUCAUUUGGAAGAGUGGAAGUAGAUAGGGAAGUUUGAUUGAAGGAUUGUACUUAAAAGAUAUGCGUAUUCUGAUUGUUUCUGAGUAUUGAUUUUAUCAUUUACUUGCUCCCUUCUCUUGUAGAAUAAAGGGGGAGGAAUGAUUUCUGUAUAUUGUUACAUCCAUAACAGAAGGGUUACGCUAUCCUCCUUGUUUCAUGCACCAGUUCUAAAUGUAGAGUAUCAAUACUGUAUAGCCAUUCAUGGGAAAAGAAAGAGUUGACGAAAGAAUGACAUUUUAGUAAAUUGCC